AGCUAGAGAAGAAUAGGAAAAUAACAUCCGUUUCUUUGUGUCAGUUAAAAUUUAAGUUUAAGUUAAGCCAAUGGGAGCUCGUUGCUCCAAUCUAUCACUUUGCUGGGGCUCGUCAAUUCUCAAGUCGAACAUCAAGGACUCCUCCGAUCUCGAGAAUGGGAAGGAAUCGUUACCUGGAUUCAUCGAAUACAGCUUGGACCAAUUAAGAGCCGCCAUUACCGGAUUCAGUACGGACAACAUUGUAUCGGAGCAUGGAGAGAAAGCUCCCAAUGUCGUUUACCGAGGGAAGCUUGACAACGAGGAUCGUUUGGUUGCCAUUAAACGAUUCAGUAGAUCGGCUUGGCCAGAUCCUCGACAGUUCCUUGUAUAUAAUUUGUAG